GCUUUACUGUGAUGUGAAAAGUAAACAAGUUGCGCAACAACAAAGCUAAUUUAUCGCCUGUGGUAUGAUUUUGUUUCAAUACUAACUCAACAAAGUUUUCGAGAUGGGGGGUUUCGUUUCUAAAGCUGUGAAUGAAAACAUGAAAAAUAACCAGGAGUUCAUGGUAGAAAUGAACCGGAUAACGCUUGAGAGACAGAUUCAGAUGCAGAAUCAAAUGAGGGAAAGAAUGGUGGCUUUACAGAUUGCCCGAGCUAGAGAAAUGUUGAAUUGGUUUGGCACAUUUUAUGCAAUUGCUGGUGUAGGCAUGCUGACAGGGUUCCGUCACACUCGAAAACCUGGUGUGCUUGUGCCACUUCUACCUCUUACUUUCAUCUUUGGUUAUCAAGUAGAUAUGGCUUAUGGAAACAAACUUCUAAGAAUUAAACAUGAAGCAGAAAAUAUAAUCAAAUUUGAAAGUGAACUACUGGAUUUGCCCAUGAACCUACCAACACUUUCCACAAUAGACAUGGCGAGACAGGUCCAACACGAUAAGCUGCUAAUGCAUUCAGCUGAGCCCCCUUUAUAUUAUUAAACUGUGAUUGUGAAACCUAGUCAGUUUACGUAAA